UUGAGGUCAACCAAAAUAAAAAUAAUGCCGGCUGACAAAUAAUUUAAUUUACUUAAUAUCUAAGAUGAUAAGAACACCCUAAAAUGGAUGUAAUCCUACCGCAACAAGUGCAUGAUGCACAGAAGUUCCUGGAUUGUGCGGAGAAACUGGACUACGAUGAAUUCGAAGCGAAAAUGUUCGUUUUCUGCUAUGCUAGCUGCGAUGUUGAUGUAUUCGAGUUGAUGGGCAAUGACCGACUGUCGCAACUAAUUUACGGCUGGGAGGUAUGCCAACUUCAGGCAAGGACAUGCUAUCAGGAAGAGUCACUGCGUCAUAUCGUCAAUGUGUUGGCGCACCACUCGCUGCAAAUGUGGUUCAGCCAGGAGUGGAGAACGUGCUCCGAGGGUCUCAAACACAUGCUUCUUUAUUGCUUAACCAAAGCAGUGCCGGCUUUCUACCAGAUGGAGAAUCUGUGCCAAAUCAAUUGGCCCUACGUGCUGAAAUUGCAGACGAAACCUUGGAACGUACCCUAUUUGCAGGAUGUGUUUAGGAAUCUUCACCUGAAGAAACAGCAUUCCAUUGAACACGCAGUUCCCGCUGCCACAGAUGCGGAUAUCACAUUCCUCCUGGAAGAUGGUUUAGAACUAAUCCUCCUUCGACUUAUGCAGCUAUUCAACGCUGGAAACUUUGAGGCUUUGAAGCAGCUAUCCCUUCGUAUGCUCGCUGCUUGGUUGAAAUCCAAAGCCAAGGAACCAUUUGAGUCCUUAGUACAGGACACCAAGUCCAUAACCCUUAUAGGGCAUCUCUACCUCUUGACUGUGUUUGUCAAUGAUGAAAAUCGAGGCUAUGCUAUUGAUAAUUUAAUGUACAAUAUUCGUUUUUAUGCCCUGACUAUGCAAGAGGCUCCUGUCUGGGACGAAAUCAACUUGACACCAGCUCGCCUUAUUGCCCAGGUCUGCCUACGACUACAACUCACUAAAAGUGGCUUUUUCGAGCAGAUAGCACUCAAAAAAUUCAAGCUUAACCUGGUUACUUCCUUUGCCGUGAUGAUGGAUGCCUACACCAGCUAUGUGCUGGGGAACCAGUUGCUAGAGCUAAUGUCUCUUAAUGAGCAUGAUUUCUUGGAAAAUUUACCGCAGUUCAAAGAACUAAUGUAUCGAUAUGUGGUGGAGCGCGAGGGCAGUGAACGAUUUUUGCUGGAAGAGCUCAACAAGCUGGAGCAACAACGAAACAGCCACUAUCACCCCCAAGUGGUGAGCUAUAAUCUGAAUUUUCAACAACAGAUCUGCAAGGGCAACCGAGCCAGCAACAUUGGCAACUACAAGAACUGCGACGACGAUGAGAAGCCGGUUCUGGAAACGGACGAGGAGCAAGACAGGCAGAUAGAUCCCGUCUUCCAGAAUGUGCCCAACAAUGAAGAGGUUCUUACCUUUGUUUAUAAACUGUUGGCUGAACGGAAUUUUACGGGCUGGAAGUUUGCCAAGAUUGCCCUGCUCCUGAAGAUUAUUGGCCAGCAACUGAAUGCCAUUGAAAUUUGGCGCUAUCAUCCCGGUUUGACCACCGAGUUUAUGUUGAAUCUAGAGCAGAAAAUGUCGCAGAACUAUGCUGAUCUGGCCAAGGUAUUUUCGGAGCACGCCUUUAUGGAGGCAGAGUUCUGGCUGACGGCCUUCUACCUCAAUCCAAUAAAUGUUAACUACAACGAAGUUAAGCGCUGUUCUCGCAUCAAGAAAAAGCGCCAGGAGGAUGAUACCUGGCAACGAGCGACAGCAGAGCAUAGCGUUAAAUAUGAACUCCUCAGCUCCACCAUCGAUGUAGAUGAGAUAGUAACGGUUACCAAUCAUAGUGCUCCCGUGGGAGACUACGAUCCAAUAUACAAGGCACUUCAAGCCCUUCGGUUGCCUCGCAGUAUUAUUAAAGACCUCCUAACGGUGGCGUUUCAGCCUCGUAAUAAGCGGUACUCCUGGGCCCUGGACUGGUAUACCCUCCAUGAACGUUGCUCCGCGUUGCUCAAGAGCAAGGACUUGAAGAACAAAUUUGUGGCUCUCAACAUGGCCGAGGCCAACGAUCGAUUGGAGUUUCUGAAGAUUGACUAUGCCAAGUACAAGGAUCGGCCGCAGCUAGAUUAUGGUACUAUAGAGGAGGGUUAUGAGAACGCAGCUCAUUUGGGCACACCGGAAGUGGAGCCAGAGGCAGAGACAGUAGCGACAACAGUCGAGGAGGAUGUCAAGGCCAGUCAGCAGAAAAGGAGGCGACCCGCAAAACGGAAGUUUUGGGAUGAAGUGCUUUCGGAAGAUGAGGAGGAGGAGGUGGCAAGCUCAAGUGGUUCGGAAGCCGUAUACACUGGAAACGGUCGUCGUAAACGAGUUCGUGCGGCUGCCAUGGUGGCCAAUGCUAUGCUCUCUGACAUGGACCGAUCGGUACGUUGCGGACGACGAUCCAGCUCCCCAUAUGCCAUAGAAACUAAACAAGAAUCUGAGUCAGAACCAGAGCCAGAGCCAAAAGCUCCGGUCGAACCACAAAAACCCUCAACCCCCAAAGAAGUCACUAUGAAGGAGGAAAAACAGACAAUAGGCGAUCUGAUGGAGGCGCGAACUAAAUUCAGUAACGAAACAAGCGGCUUCAAGGCCUUUGCCGACAUCUGGAGCUUCGAGAAGGAGGAGCUGCAGAAUGUGGAGAGUACUGGCAAUACUCUGAUGGAGUGCAGCUCCGUUCUGAGUAAAUUCAAGAACCUGCGGGCCUUGAGACAAAACGCAGCCACACGGACACCACCUUCAGAACCGGUACCACAACCAUUAGCAUUGGUGAAACCGAAACUGGAACAACCACUGACCCAAGAGGACUCUCCUCAGAAUGCAACUGAAACCGAUUUCGACAAUCAGAGUGCUAACUCAGAGACCUCCACAAUGGCUACACAUGACUUUAAUGGCGAGGACGAUGACGUUUUUGAUGAUUUGCCCGCUGCCAGUGGAGAUCAUUCAUCUCAAGGUAUUCCCACUGUGGAUUUUACGAAGGAUUCCGUAGCGGUGCAGCCCAGCCAAGGUAGGGAAGAGGAACUCAAUGCAGGAGGCAAGCUGAGAGAAGCACUCACAGUACAGGGGACAAAAAACUGUGUUAACGAGGGGGAUUCUUUGGAACUCACUGAGGAGCUAACUGAGAAGCUAAUUGAAGAGUUAACCCAGGAUGAACCCGAUGAGCUAGCUACCGUCAACUUGUUUUUAAAACAAAAAAAAGAACCAGAAGAUAAGCAAGGUGAGAAAACGCAGGAAGUAAUACAGAACGCACCAAAAAACCCAGCCGACCUGCCAGUCCAGAAGCCAGAAGCACCUUCAACAUCUUCAGGCUUAUCCGCAACCUUUCCAAACAUAGACGAGGACACCGACACUGCCGAGGAGACACUACUCGAGGAAGAAAAAGUCCGAAAGGCGGAAAUUAGACGCUUGAAAACCUUAGAAACAAAACCAAAUUAUAGUAUUUUUUGUGGCAAAUCCCAGGACUUGGAACGAGAACGCCUGAUUCAGGAGUGCCUGAGCCGCACGGCAGAAGUGCGUCUUACCAAGCUGACGCCUCUGGACAUUGAGAAGUUACGGGGAUUUAGAGUACGGAUUAAGCGCACCAAUCUGGUGAACUUCUGCCGGGACCAACUGCAGCGUAAACGCAGAAAGUUCCCGACGGGCCGGUACAGUGAGGAUAGUAAUGCAUCUACGCAUAGCUCUGAGCUCAACCAAGCUGGCCGCAAGCGGUAUAAACAGUUCAUACACAUUACUUCCGAUUCACCGGGAUGUUCCGCUUCGCCAAAGCCAGUCUUUAAAGCCGUUGCCUCCGACUCCUCCACAGAUCUUGAAGAGGUGCCGGUACCGGUGAUUGCAGUCAGGAAACGUGGUCGUCCACCAGGACCGCGUUGCAAAGUCAAGAAAAUUAUUCGUCCCAUAGCCAUAGCCAUGAAUCCCAUAGCCCAUAGCCAUCCCCCAGCCGAUGUGAUUGAGUUGUCGUCUGAUUCGUUCUCCUCCAACUCACCGGUGCCGGUAAUCAGCAUCCGAAGGAAUCACUUUACGCAAGCGAUGGAAAUGGAUCCGCUCUACGAGGAAGAAAUCGUUCCCUUCUAACGUGCCGGCAAGGAGCAGCUAGAAUCUAGCCCUCCGGCGAGGUUCUACGUGCUCGGAACGAAUGCAAGGUCCAGGGGUUGCAGGAAAGGCUAUCGGGAUGAAAGAGAGCUGCAGAGUGAGAAAUGGAGAAAAAAUAGGGAAAACCGGCAAAUCGAAUUCGGUUCGCUUGUUAGAAUGCAAUUAGCCCGAGGCAUAUAUUUGGUAUUUGCUUUGGCUGGAUUCUGAUGAAAUUAUGUGCGUGUACAUCUGUUUGUCCAAGUCCCCGGCUGUGCUAUUGUGUUUCGGUCAGUAUUUUGACUGACGACGGCCGGAAGGCUUGUGAAAAAAAAUAUUAUUUCGAGUCCUGGAAAUUUAAACGCAUCCACACUUCUAUUAACUGCCUAAUUGAUAUGCAUUGUGGUUAUAAAAAAAACCAAAUUAGCUACACGCGUCGGAGGAGCACUUGAACAGCCAUGAAGAGUGUGACGACGUCGGCGACACGUGGCUGUUGGUGUGAACUUUGGUGGGC